CUUCGGGGCUCUGAAUUCAAAUAAAACGCCAUAAAGCAGUCCCCUCUAACGUAAUCUAACUAUAGAUUGCUUUUAUGUGUACUUACUUAUGAAAUUUGACUAUAUUCUUAUUGUUUUUUUUUUGCCAGAUAAGAAUACAUUCAUUCAUGCACUAUAUAUACAUAGGUCUCUCACAUUUUCUUCUCACUACAUUUUGUCUUAAUAUUUCCUCCUCUCUAUAUACAUCUUGUCUUAAUAUUUCUCUUUUGUAACUUAGAAAAAUAGUUAUGGAAGCAUCAAGUUCAGGGUCCAAAAUAAAGCGAGUUUUGGUGCCAAAUCCAAGGAAAAGAUUUAGGAGAAACUCUUUGGAAACAAAUAAUAAUGAUGAAUCCAAUAAUUCUACUGUGUAUCUUCCUAAUGAAAUUGUUGAUAGGAUUUUCACUUUUUUACCUAUCGAAUAUGCUAUUACUUCUUCUUCUCUUGUUGCUAAACCAUAUAGAUAUUCAUGGUUAUAUUCUCGUGACCUUUGUUUUGAUAAAGAUUUUAGGCGACGUUGUCGAGCGAGACAAUGGUCAGAGGCGUCAGUUGUUAAUUAUAUAUUACUGAGGCACUUAGGUGACAAAAUUAGUAGCUUUAAAUUAAAUGUUAGUCCUAUACCAUAUGCUGCUUAUUUUGAGAAUUGGUUUAAAAUGGUUGCUUCAAAAGGCGUAGAAGAGUUUCAAGUAGAGUUAAUUCAACCUUAUCAGUAUUGUCAAAUAAAAUCUGAUAUCUUCACUGAGCCAACUCUUCGCGUCUUAAAAUUAGUCCGUUGUGAAUUGUUUUUGUCACAAAAAUUGAGUGGUUUACAAUUCUUGAAAUCUCUUAGUCUAAGUAUGAUUCCUGUGCCACCUUUUUUUACUAAAAAGUUGUUGUCAAGCUGUUUGCUUCUUGAAUCUUUGGCUCUAGAGGGUUGUUCUUUGAUUGGUGAAAUUAAUAUUGAAGGUUUGAAUAGGUUUAGUGCUCUUGUGCUUAGACAUUGCAUUGACUUAAUUUUGGUCACUAUUAAUACUCCAAGUAUUAGCACACUUCAUUAUAGUGGUAAGAUUAACAAAAUCAAGUUUGUGGAUCCAAUGGUCAUAAGAUUAAAAGAUGUGAUCUUGGAUUUUGGUGCUACAAAAGGGCUUCAACAUAUAGCUCAUAGGGAUGAUUUGAUGGAAGUUUUGAGAGAUGUUGAGACUCUCUCAAUUACCAAUGCUGUUCUUGAGGGGCUUUCUCCAAGAUUUGUGGAUUUUGAAUACAGAGAUGUGGAAUUCUAUUUUCAGAAUUUGAAGGAACUCCAAUUGGUUAGACGUGGAUUGAGCUUUGUCAACCCUUGGGACAUUCUUUGUUUUGUCAAGAAUUGUCCCAACAUAGAGAGACUCUUUAUUGAUUUUGGUCUUUAUGCAAUGGAAGUUGGAAGCUAUUGGAAUUUGGUGGCAAAGGAAAAAUUUGAGAAGUGCCAAACAGAAUUCCCACAACUCAAGUUAUUGAAGGUGAAGAGGUUUAAGAAACUUGAGCUUGAAGAAAAAUUGGUGAAAUAUUUCUUGUUGCAUGCUACGUCUCUGGAGUCUUUGAUUUUGUUGGAAGCAAAAAAUUAUCGCCAUGAAAUUAAACUGAGCGAUAUCAUUUAUUAUAAAACAGUUUCAAACCUAGCUAUUGUUUCUACCUAUAGUGCUUAUCAAGAUCAAAGUCGUGUGUUUCCUAAGCAUAGAGUCCUGCAGUGAGCGCAGAAGGACAGUCCGAUGGACAAGAUAUCCUGUGUUUACGCAGGGUCUGGAAUAUAUUCGGGCAUUCAUCAAAAAACUUGUUGUGUUUUCUUUCUCUUUUUGUUUCGACAUUAGUGGUGCAGUAUUCUUGUUGUGGUGAGAAUAUGUGGACAAAGAAGGGAUAUAGUGAUCAAUAUUAUUCUUGUUGUAAUAAGAAAAAUUAGAGAUGA